CCUCCGAGACGAGCCUCUGCGAAGCAGCGGGGCCCCUGCCGCCUCCCUCCGGCUUACGAAUAGAAGACAGCCUUGGGCACGUCUUCUGGAGAUACCCACACGCCUUGUGGCAUAGGCUGGAAGAGGCGUGCCCCCGUAUAUAUGUUGGUCUGAUCCCCGGGUCAGCGCCGCCGUCGCCAUAGUAACCGCGUUCAUUGGCAACAAAGCUGGCUGAAAGCUGCUUUGUUGUGGUAAAAGUGUAAGUGGUGACCCAGGCUGGACUCACAGUAGCAAAAUGGCCCGACCUGCGGCUCCCCCGCCCUGGCCACAAAGCAAACCGCGCCCCUUCCCAGUGGUUUGGGGCCGCGGAUGCCGAUGGCCCUCCGGAGCUCGGUCAGGUCACCGGAGGGGCCGGUGUCGGGACCCGCCCUGAGGCUUCGAGAUUUCGCCGAAGCUUUCAGGCUGAUUGGAUAAAGAACAAGAUUGAAGCAGAAAGAGAGGAAACAUUUUGUCUGCCAGUUUACAAGAAGUUGGUCGGUGACGGAGGUUGGCCAAGACGAUGGACAUUAUCAAUGUCAACGCCUUACCAAUGCUAUCAUUGGAUGAGCGCCUGGUGGUCUCCGUCAAUGCACGGACAGUGCUGGAGAAUGCUUUAAGGAAGCAGCUGCAGGAAAAGCCACCCACAUGCAUCAUUGGCUCCAUGAGCCAGGUGAACCAGAGGAUUAUGGAAAUAGAUUUGGGCCCCAGCCUGAUGAUCACCACCUUGGCAAUUGAGGACUAUGAGUUGGAGAAGAAGUCUUUAAGAGAAAAAGCUCACGGCAGCCCAGGAGACAGAGUCAAGAAACUGAAGGAAGAACCACCGAUAUCCUGCCAAGGCUCGGAGCUCCGGAGUGCCAGAGUGCUCUCCACAAAAAGGAAAACAGCAGAUAAGAGUCUGCUUGCAGAGCUGCACGAACACCCCCCGUUUGAUGAAAUGAAGCCCAACAAACUACCCAAUGGUGUGGACUUCUGCGAUAUGGUGGGCAAUGUGGUCCGGUCUGAGAAAAAUCCCCUGAGUGGCAAGUCUUACUGUUCGGACAGAGAGCUAGAGAAGUUUCUGUGUUCGCCUUUUCUCGUUACCAUCUGGCUGGACAGUUUCUGGUGGCUAUUUCAUGAAAGGUACCAGCCAAACAAGGAGAUCCAGAUAAAGCUGUUUGACCGAAUAGCCCGAAAUUACGCCUUCCUGUUGUCCAAAAUGUCUCGGUCCCAUUAUGAAGAGGCACUCUUAAAGAGACUCUCUUCACUUCUGAGCAAAGCUAUAUACACCAGUUUCUGCUGCUGCUUCCCCCAGUCCUGGUUCAACACCCACGAAUUCAAGUCAGAGAUCUGUAACACCAUGGACCUGUGGAUUUCAGGGACGUAUCCUUGCCCACAGAGCUAUAACAACUGGGACUACUCAGAACUGGAUCCAGAGAGGUUCCGGAGAGAAGAGCUAAUGUUGCAGAGCAGUCGACUUCUAAGGACAAAAGAGUUCUCCCUCUUCACUUGUAAGAAAUCCUCCACCCAGAAGAUAGACCAGAAGAAGAGCAAGAAGUACCAGAACUUUGUGUCUCUCCUGAAGACUUCUCAUUUACAGACAAUGAAGGAAAAAGACCUUUCAAGUAAGAAGACCACAGAGGAAGGCUGGAGGUACCACAGCAUGAGAGAUCACACUAUACCUAUCCUGUUCUCCAGGAAAGCCACACAGCAAGUCAAGCGGAUAUCAUACGCCAGAGAAUACAUCAAUACGUUUAUGAAAACGUCCCACCCUGCCUGCAAAAGCCCGGAGCUGACUUCGAACCAGUUCAACCUUUACGGAAAGAGCCCGCUAAUGGUGUACUUCUACCUCAACUACUCCCCGUUGCAGAUGCCUGGUCGCGACCUGCUGGUCAGCAGGAGAGAAAAGACUGAAAUCAUUCCUGACUCUGCCAUGACCUAUGCUGACAUCAUCCAGCUGGUCACAAAGAACAUGGAGAUUCGAAAGAAAAAGCUCCAGCAGCUAGACCGGAUGCACGAGAACGAAUGGAACUGUUUUAACAAUUACCUAACGGAGCUGAAAGAAAACUUUAAGAGGGAGUUGGAUAUCAUCGAUAAGAAAGAACAAGAAAAGAGAAAGGCCAAGAACAUGGUGGUCUCCUUCUCCAUGCUGUUCGAUGAUUUAUUUGGGAGGAAAUCCAAGAGAAGCCCGCACCAAGAAACUGUCUUUCUUUCAAGGAAGGAAAAGAAGGAGAUAGAAGAAAGACGACGAAACAUUUCCCGUUCCCCUCUCUCACUUCAGAACUCUGUGAAAAACUAUUCCCUGGGCCUAAAAAGCCCCUACAGAAUCAAUUCUCCUUCCAGUGAGCGCAGCAGGAGGAAAUUCAAAGGCAAGCAGGACAUGCUCUUCCGGCUCUCACCCUCCUCUGUGGAAUGAACUCGCCCAAGAACAGGAGGAGACUGCGGAGGCAACACCUGUGUCUGUUGUCAGAUUCGAUAGAAAGCAGAAUCAGCAAUGGCAACUGAGAGCCCUGCUGCAGCCAGGGAUGUAUGGAGUCUCCCCCAGUCAACAGGAUAAAGAAUAUUAAAGUUCACACUUCCCAUA